UGUGUUUCGUUAUGAGGAUUCAUUCGAGUGAAUAAAAAUGUAUUUUUUUACAUAAACAAAACUUUUGUAAUUGGAUAAUAUUGUGGCAAAUGUAAACUGUAUUAAUACAAUAAUUUGAAUAGUCAAAACUUAAGUACAAAAGGUUAUGUUACGAUAGACCGUAUGAAAACACUGAAAAGUAGAGACAUAAGAGUGAAACUGAAAGUCGGGCAAAGAAGAAAAUUGUGUACUGUAAGCUGAAAUAUACAUGUACUGUUGUUGUAGGUGGCUGUAUUCAGUAUAGUACAUGCCAUUUUAAGCCUAUAAUAUUCUAAGUUUUUAGACACAUAAGGUUUAAUCUUGGGACAUCUGAACAAGAGGUGAAUAACUUAUUAUUCUGAAAUCAGCAAAUAUGAUGCCUUGUAGUGGGAGCCGUAUCCAGGCUAACGAGGAUUGUUCUGAUGCAACAUAUAUGAUUAAAAAAGCUAAGUCUUAUCAGAGCUCUGAUUCUUAUACUGCCCAGGCAUGGAUGUUAACUGCAAAGACUCUUUUUCCAAACAACUUUUCUGUGCAGUAUGAAGCAUAUGUUAUGGCAAAAGACCUAGGAAAUAUCAAGGAAGCUGCUUUCAAUUUGGAAGAAAUGUUUAAAUUAUUCCCUAAUGAAAACCAGCUUUGGGCAGAAAUUCAGAGAAUAGCUAUUGCUUUACGGAAAGACUCAAUGGAAAAAGAUGUAAUCUUUCUGAGAAAUCUGUUUGGUCUUGUACCACAUAACGUUCAGCAUCAGAUGUUGCUUUCUGUUGCAGAACGAAGUGAAGAUACUAUGGAACACUGUCAACUUAUGCUACUUUUAAUAAAGAAAUUCCCUGGCAAAGUAUCAGAACAUGGGGUCAAACUCCUGGAAACUUUGUUUGCAGCUGAGAAGUAUGGAAACUUUCAGUCUCCUUUCAACCCUGUUAGGAAGUUAGUAGUUUAUGAUGUCAUACCUUUGAUACUUCAGAAUAAAGACAUCCAAAUCCCCACUAAACAAAUGUAUCGUCUCUUGCAAAAAUCUGUGGAGUUCUAUGGUUGUUACAGCAGUCAGGAACAAGACAUUGAUAGUAAGACUGCUAAAAGUGGAUCACGAUCUGGGGACCUCACCAAAGAAGGAUCUAUUGAACAGCCAUGGACACACUUAUUUUCUCUUCUACAUGCUGCUGGCCGUAAACUGGGCUGGGAAUUAGUCGAGAUGUUUGCAGAGUGCUCGGAAACUCCCCACAACAGCGAUAGCCUGUGGCAACAGAUCAUGUCUUUUGUCCUUAGGAGAAAUCCUGUCCUCGCUAGCAGUGAGAUGAGCGAAGCCACGGCUGGAAGGAUAGGACACAGUGUUGAUGAUACAAAUUCCCUUAACAGCAAACAGGUUUUCUUCUGUACAAUUGUACUGUUUCUACAUUGUUUGUGUCAUUUCGGAGCUCAUAUCAAUCCAACAAGAAACCAAGGCUCAAAUCAAGGAGAGCCUCACUAUGUCCUUGUUGAGGGACUUGAACAACACAGGAAAAGCCAAGAUACUGAAAGCACGUCUUCAUCAAAGAGAAGAAAACUUGGAAAUGAGGUGAAUAAAGUACCAGUAAUAACACUGAGAAGAAAAGCAUCGGCAGAUACCAAAAUUGCUCUUACCCAGUCGUUCGUGACAGCCUUGAAGUGUUGGGAGCUUCUUCACAGUAACAACUACUUAGAAAAAGAACUUGGUCGUCUUUCAAAUCACCUUUGUUUAGACACCUGGCCUUGGUUUCAAGCUCUUAAUAUUGAUUCCUUGAUUUAUCAGGGGAUGCACCAAGAUGCUAUCAGCCACCUUCUCCGUAUCCAGAGAACCAGUGAUCAUGAUUUUCAGAAGAGCAAAGCCAAUCUCCAACUAGCCAGCUGUUACUAUAUACUUGGAAAAUUUUCAAUGGCUUGUGAAAGGUUACUAGAUGUGGUGAGUUCUUUGCCAAUAGCCAGUGGACACUCAGUAACCCAUACGACAGAAAGCAACUCUCUCUCUAAACACCAAUCAGGAAAAUCAGGAAGACAUUUGAGUUACCUGAGUUUUGAGAGAGGUGAACUUCUGCAGUAUUGUGUGAAGUUAUUAAUUACAUGUUUCAGGGAAAAGACAAUUUUAUCACCUGCUCAGAAUGACAUGGCCCUUGGCCAUAUGAUAGUUCUCUCACAAUUUGAUUGGCCACAAGAAGAAAAGCUUUUUCUUCAUAUUGUCAACAUAAUUAGAAAACAGGGAAGUUUCUGUUACAGUUUGUUCUUCAACUAUGUCAUCAGUAUCCUUUUCUGCUAGUAACAGAAAGGUUCAGCUUGAAAAAAAAAUCUUUACAAUAAAUCUGUUGAUGAAAUAUGCUUUUAGAGAAUUCUGCAGAAAAUAAGCUUUAAAACCAUCGUUGCUUAUGUUUUCCAAUUGCCCAUAAACUUCUUUGUAGAAAACAGUGAAAAUAUUUAAAAUUGUACAUAAGCAGUGACAAUCACCUUUUAAAUAUUCUGACAUAACAGAAACACAAAAUAACAGUAGUUACAUUACCAUAAGUUAAAUCUAAGCAAAGAGCAAAACAGUACUUCAGUUUGUAACUGCUAUC